CCUAUCAUAUGUUUUGUCCAUGCAGGUUACUUCAGUUAGCUGAGUCUUGCAACAUUUUUAUUGUCUAUGGCAUCUCUGGAUAUGGCUUUGGAUGAUGUGAUUAAGAAGAGCAGGAGAAAUAAUGAAAAGGGAGGCCGAGGACAAGGCAGGCCCCGUCGUGGAAGAGGGCCAGUAGGGUCUUCCAGAGGUGGAAGACCAUUUGGCGGAUUUGGGGCUCCUCGCAGAAAUCCGCUUGGAGUGAAUGCUCGAUCUUCAUCCUUUGCAAUUGCCAAGGCAAGCUCAAAACUAUGGAUGACUUAUCAAUUACAUAGACAAUCUGCUAUGCUGUAGUAACUGCCAAGAAGGUUCUAGUUUUGCCUUAGAAGCAUGCAUUUGAGAGAUUUUGCUACAGUAGUUGGUCCUGGGAGAUGGCCACAGUUCCCUCAGAGGAAAUACGGCUGUUAUAUUCCAGAGAAUGCUUUAAGUAUCCCACUUUUCAUCUGAUUUCUGGGAUUUUGUUGAGCAUUCUGCAAUGGAUAUUUAUCAAAAGCAGGAAAUUUGGUGGAAUUUUGCUUAGGAUCUUAUGUCAAGGAGCUUAUUUGAAAACCUAAGAUCUUUCACCGUUUAAUAUCCACUAAUAUUUUGAGGCUUGAUCUUGUUAGCGGCCUUUAUUGAUAAUUAUUUAAUCAAGAUCUCUCUAGUUUGUCACUAUCAAUUAUGAGGGGGAGUUAAUGAGAUAGCCAUUGUCUUGUGAUGGCUACCAUUGCAAUACUCGUGUAUCGCGUUGGGAAGUUUUCAGCCAUGUCUCAGUUCAAGGCUUCCUGCAGAGCGGAAGUAGAUAUUCUGUUCGAGCUUUACCAUCUGACUACUUCCUGGAACUUUGAUGAUCUACUACUUUAUCUUGAAAGAGCGUCCAUUCGCAGACCCAGGCCUCUACCAUGGCAGAAUGGUUUGUUUGAAGAUAGUCUUAAAGCUGCUGGUUUGUCGGGUAUGGAUGCUGGUACAAAGCUAUAUAUUUCAAACUUGGACUUUGGGGUGUCCAAUGAAGAUAUAAGGGAGCUCUUUUCGGAGAUUGGGGAGUUGGUUAGAUAUGCAAUUCACUUCGACAAAGAUGGGCGCCCAAGUGGAAAUUUGCUUGGAGAUUGUUGUAACAUUUCGAACAUGAAAGUGGCUUUUCCUGGUACAGCAGAGGUGGUUUUUGCAAGAACAACUGAUGCAUUUCAAGCAUUUAAACGAUAUAACAAUGUCCAGCUAGAUGGAAGACUUAUGAAGAUAGAGAUAAUAGGUGCCAAAGCGGAGAUCCCCAUUUCACCUCGUGUUAAUGUUGGAGGAGCUUCUGGAAAGAAGAGGACAGUUGUCAUGGCGUAUUGUUGCUGCUGUCUUAAAAUUUUGAGCAAGUACUGUAAAGGUCUGGACCUGGUCGUUCCAGAGGUGGCUUUGCAGCGGCAAAUCACAAUUCUUUGCAAAGAAGUCGUGGUGGUCCUAGCAACAUCCGUGGUGGUGCCAGCAGCGGUAGCCGUGGAGUUGGUGGCCAUGGACGUGGUGGUGCCAGCAACCGCCGUGGGCGUGGUGGCGGGGCACGCCGGAGAAAGAGAACUGUCGAGAAAUCAGCUGAUGAACUUGACAAAGAACUCGAGAGCUAUCAUGCUGAGGCCAUGCAGUCUUGAUUGGGUUUUGCUUUUAAAAAAAAAAAAAAUGCAGUGUACAAAGUCUUGUGGAUGCUAAUUGCUGCUGUCUUUUGCUUGGUGCUUCUUGUGACUGUUUAUGUGGGCAUUGUUUAUUUGCUUUUGCGACUGUAGUACUAAUAGUUGAGUAGCAGUGGACAUGGCUAUGGCUAUGGCUAUGGCUAUGGAUAGAUGGAUUAUGUGAUGGAAUUGGAUUAUGGCAAUGUUAUUUUCUUAUUAUAGCCCAUAUUCUUUGUUGGCCGUUUGGUCUGAAAUGUCGUGUAUAUGUGUCUUGUGAGAAUGUAGUUGUAUACUGGCAGGGACUGUAGGCAUCUGGUGAAAAAUAUAAAUUAUAUCAAAUCUGUUAUGAGCUCCUCUUUUGUUAGGUGCUGUUUUUUCUGUUUUGAGCUCGUUUUUUGUCGGUGCUGCUGGGAUUAAUCAGGUCGCUGCUUCAUCUCAACAGAUCUGUUGUAGUUUUCCUUCGUGCCCAUCUUAAUGUUGUGAUUUUGCCUAAUAAAUAUCAGAAAAACAGGUGAUC